AUGUCAUUAGUGAACAAGAGGUUGUUCUCGAUGACUUCAAGAGUUCGCUCUCAUGUCGGAGCAGCCGUUAUAUAUUCGAAUCCUGAAACCCAAAUAUCCCUAACGACCCUCAACCCUCCACGAUUAAUUCAGAAAGGUAGAAAAUUCCUUAAACUAUCACAGCAAGUGACUGUACAGGGUCCCAGAGGCAAAGUUGUGAUGGACGUCCCUGAUUUUGCACGUAUUGUUACCGAUAAAGAUACGCAUCGUGUCCAUGUAUCUGUGGAUGAUGAGUCUACUAAGAUUCAAAAAGCUAUGUGGGGUACGCUUAGGGCCCAUAUGAAUAACCAUGUUGUUGGAGUAAAUGAAGGUCAUUUGGCCAUUUUAAGGUUUGUGGGAACCGGGUACAGAGCACAAUUAGCUAAAGAGGGAAAAUAUGUCGGAGUUAAAGUCGGUGCCUCUAUACCACAGGGGUUAGAUGUACCAGAGGGGAUUAAAGUCACUUCACCAACUCCAACUACUUUAAUUAUUGAAGGCUGUAAUAAACAACAAGUGUUUUUAUUUGCUGCCAAAUUAAGAGAUUUCCAUCCUCCAGAACCUUAUAAAGGUAAAGGUAUAUAUGUGAAUGAUGAAACCAUUAAGAUUAAGAACAAGAAAAUUAAAUGA